GUCGUUCCGUUCGCCUUGCCCGUGGCGGACGAGAAGGGCAUGAAGAAGGUCUACAAGACCAUCCGAAAAGCGGCCAAGAACAACACGCUCAAGCGCGGUGUCAAGGAAGUCGUCAAGACGCUCCGAAAGUCUCCCCCCUCGGCUCCCGGCUACACGUCGUUCCCCGGCGUUGUCAUCAUCGCCGGCGACAUCUCCCCCAUGGACGUCAUCUCCCACCUCCCCGUGCUGUGCGAGGAUCACAACGUGCCCUUCAUCUUUGUCACGUCGCGAGCCGAGCUCGGUGCCGCCGCCAAGACGAAGCGCCCCACGUCGGUGGUGAUGAUCAUGGAGAAGGCCGACGGCAAGAAGAAGGAG